CGCCCCAUGAGACAUCCGUCUCGGUUGUGCACCGUCUUGCUCCUUUGCAUCUAAACAAUCAGACGACAUAGAGAAUUACAAUAGCAUCAACCGAGCCGACAAAUUACGGCUGAAUUCAUAAACGAAAGAGAAGCAGUGGCAGUCUUGAAGACUGCUAGCAACACAAACAAUGUCCCACAGAUCACAACGACCGACGGGGUCGACACCGGCCAAUUUCGAUGCAACAGAGCUAUCCAAGGAAUUCGAGAACUUGAUGCGAAAUAAACGAUUCAAUGACUUCCAGCAACAAUCGUCACAUUCGAAAUCACGAACGUCCUCUCCUGCCCCUUCACAAUCUACUACUUUGUCUUCAGACUCUUCACAGACAACGACAACAACACAAUCGAGGAUAAAUCGACGAUUGCCUAUUAUGCCCCGCCGUCCGCACGAUAGCGCCUCAGUCAAAUUUUGCAAUUUACUACAUGUUUUGUCGGUUACUCCGACCAAGUAUGAGAAUCCGGGGUUAUUGGAUGAAGCUUUGACCGUCAUUCCACUUGAUCGCUUGUAUGCAGAGGCAGAUGAUGAGCAUCAAAUACAUAAAGCUCGAUAUGCGAGUAUGGGGAAGAAACCGCAAUGGGGAUAUCAAGAUUUUGUCAUACGGUCGCUCUUGAAAUGGUUCAAAAAGUCAUUCUUCACAUGGGUCAACAAUCCUCAAUGUUCCAGAUGUCUUAUGCCGACAAUCGCUCACGGAAUGGUUCCUCCCACACCGGACGAGACAGCUCGGGGUGCGACGCGGGUUGAGGGUUAUAAGUGUUCGGGAUGCGGAUCUUUAGAACGAUUUCCACGGUAUUCUGAUGUGUGGCAGUUGCUGCAGACUCGGUGCGGUCGCGGGGGUGAAUGGGCCAAUUGCUUCACAAUGCUUUGCCGAGCUUUGGGUAGUCGGGUGCGUUGGGUGUGGAAUUCAGAGGAUUAUGUCUGGACAGAAGUUUACUCUGAGCACCAACGGAGAUGGGUGCAUGUCGAUGCUUGUGAAGGUGUCUGGGAUCAACCCCGGCUAUAUACAGAAGGCUGGAAUCGUAAACUCGCAUAUUGCAUUGCAUUUUCUAUUGAUGGCGCAACUGACGUGACACGACGAUAUGUUCGAAGCUCCUCAAAAUACGGUGCGCCACGAACUCGAGUUGCGGAAGACGUACUUUUAUGGGCCAUCUAUGAAAUCCGCCGAAUGCGACGGGAGAAACUCUCUGAACAAGAUCGCAGACGACUGAGGAAAGAAGAUGAGAGGGAAGAGCGGGAACUUCGCAUGUUUACCACUUCAGCACUUGCGGCGGAGAUUACGUCUCUAUUCCCAGGCUCGCGACGAUCAGCUCGGGGCGAUGAACAGAAAACGCCGUUGACCCAAGACGAAGCUGCCGCGCAAUGGAUUCAUGGAAGGCCGCAGAAUGAGAGUGAACAGGGUCCAGACUCGCAGCGAGAUUUCGAUCGUCGGUGAUCAACAAUUUGUUGGAAUUUCUGUUGUCAAUCCAUCCUGCCUCUCGGCACAGCGCCGAGACCAGAAGAUCUGGCGGCGUCGACUAUGCUGAGCAGUGCAGAUCCCAUCUCCUCACAACAUCCUCACGGCUUACUGGCGACUCUUAGGACUCAAGCGGUCCUCGUCUUUAUCUAUCUUUUUUUUUUUUACUUCACUUCUUGUGUAUACUUGAAAGCUAAAUGCUUCUCACCUUUUUACUUUAUCGUCCCCACCUGGACUCUUCUUUCUAACAUCUCACUUCUCUCAUUUCCUUUUCCCCUUUUUUCCCCAAACAACCAUGACAAACCUGCGACUGGACACGUUUCUUUCUUUCUUCUACAUUACACUAUAUCAUUUGAUGGCGUCUAUUUCUUCUCGCAAGGAGUGAGGUUUGGGCUUUAUGCUUGGAGUAUCGGGUUCUAUAUCGUACGGAUUGCAAUCAUAUUCUCCUUACCCGAUUUCCCUAGUUUUUUUUUUGACUUUUUUCUUUGCUAUGGACUAGGGAGGGCAUGUCAUAUCAUACAUCUUAAGAGGUUUUCUAUUUUCUGGCAUGAUUAGGAUUGGGAUGUCGUUUCUUGCUUAUUGAAUUGGGGUUUUAUGUGAGUUCCAUGGCUUUUAUGACAUAUGUCGAGAUAUACCAUUUUCUUUUAUUUUUACAGCUCAAUUUUUCAGUUUGGAUA